GCGUCAUGCAGGCCAAUGGGAACCAAGGCGGCGCGGCGGCCGUGGCGGCGCAGAACGGGGACGUAAUUGGCCAGGCCGGGCCCGGGGAGGAAGCGGCUGGGUCCUACAGUAUCACCUCCUCGGCCGCUCACUCCAACGGACUGCCCUCUUCCUCCACCGCCGCCGUCGUUCACCUAGUGUCCGGUCCCGGCGGUGUCAGCCCUGACCAAGCGACGUACAAGAAGAAGAAGCGCUUGUCCCAGGUUGACGAGGAUGUGAUCCGCCUGAUUGGACAGCACCUGCAUAGCCUGGGGCUGAACCAAACGGUGGAUCUUUUGAUGCAGGAAUCGGGCUGCUGCUUAGAGCAUUCUUCUGCUACUAAGUUUCGCAAUCACGUUAUGGAGGGAGAAUGGGAAAAGGCCGAAAACGAUCUUAAUGAAUUGAAGUCUUUGGUGCACUCACCUCAUGUGAUUGUGAAAAUGAAGUUCUUACUGUUGCAGCAGAAGUACUUAGAAUAUCUGGAAGAUGGCAAGGUUUUAGAAGCCCUUCAGGUUCUGCGUUGUGAACUGACUCCUUUGAAGUACAACACAGAGCGAAUACACAUUCUUAGUGGGUAUCUCAUGUGCAGUCAUACAGAUGACCUAAGAGCAAAGGCAGAGUGGGAAGGAAAAGGGACAGCUUCACGAUCAAAAUUACUUGACAAACUUCAAAUGUACUUGCCCCCAUCAGUAAUGCUACCUCCACGACGCUUACAGACUUUACUGCGCCAAGCAGUGGAACUGCAGCGGGACCGGUGCCUAUAUCACAAUACUAAGCUGGAUGGCAAUCUAGACUCAAUGUCUCUGCUUAUAGACCAUGUUUGUAGUAGGAAGCAGUUUCCUUGCUACACACAACAGAUUCUCACUGAGCACUGCAAUGAAGUAUGGUUCUGCAAGUUCUCCAAUGAUGGUAGUAAAUUAGCAACAGGAUCCAAGGACACCACAGUUAUCGUAUGGCAGGUUGAUCCUGACACUCAUCAGCUUAGAUUGCUUAAGACUUUAGAAGGUCAUGCUUAUGGAGUAUCAUACUUGGCUUGGAGUCCUGAUGAUAAUUACCUUUUGGCCUGUGGCCCUGAUGAUUGCUCUGAACUAUGGCUUUGGAAUGUGCAGACAGGAGAGCUCAGGACCAAGAUGAGCCAAUCCCAUGAGGAUAGUCUAACAAGUGUGGCUUGGAACUCAGAUGGAAAACGUUUUGUGACAGGUGGACAACGUGGGCAAUUUUAUCAGUGUGAUUUGGAGGGAAAUCUACUGGAUUCAUGGGAAGGUGUGCGAGUGCAAUGCCUAUGGUAUCUAAAUGACGGGAAAACAGUUCUUGCCUCAGAUACACAUCAAAGGAUACGAGGCUACAACUUUGAGGACCUGACAGAUAGGAAUAUAGUACAAGAGGAUCAUCCUAUAAUGUCGUUUACAGUUUCGAAAAAUGGAAGGUUUGCCUUGUUAAAUGUAGCAACUCAGGGAGUUCAUCUAUGGGACUUGCAGGAUCGUGUUUUAGUGAGAAAGUAUCAAGGGGUGACACAAGGAUUUUACACAAUUCAUUCAUGUUUUGGAGGCAACAAUGAAGACUUUAUAGCCAGUGGCAGUGAAGAUCACAAAGUUUACAUUUGGCACAAAAGAAGUGAACUACCUAUAGCAGAGCUGACAGGACACACUCGUACUGUAAACUGUGUGAGCUGGAACCCACAAGUCCCAUCCAUGAUGGCUAGCGCUUCAGAUGAUGGUACAGUGAGGAUAUGGGGACCAGCACCUUUCUUGGGCAACCAAGAGUCUGAAGAAGCUUGUAGUAGCAUGGAUAGUUGACGGUGACUGUGCAAAGGACAACUUUUGAACUGAAAUUAAGUCACGGAACAAAACGGCUUGGGGUUUUGGCACAACCAACUGGACAAAUGUGCUUAUGAUGAAACUCAUUUCAGGUCCUCUAACCGGUGCCAGCAUCUUACCACUUUGCUUCAUAGUUACAAAUCCUGGAGAAGCAAUCUUGUUGACCCCAGUGGGAUGCCAAUUUGAAUUUUGCCCAUUGGUUGUGAGGAAUUGUGUUACAUUGCAACUCCAUUGAACUCUGAUUCCUUCCUGCCUCUUUUUUUAAGUUCUGGCAAUCUACCUUGUUCUACACCAUGGAAUUUUAAAUCUUCGUUUGGGGUCUAACACAUAGAAGGCUUGCUAGGGUGAGAAAUGCUAGUCUGAGACAAACAUGCAGUAAAAUAGAUUAAUUUUUUCCUUAUUUUCAAUCUGUUAGCUUGAAUAGUGGAACUAACUACAGCUCUGUCUGUGGACCACACCUUGGGUCAUAUUGCCCUGGACUCUUUUUUUUUUAUUCCCCAUUGUGGUAUUUUGGGGAGAGAAGGAGCUAGAUAUUCAUGUACAAAAUGUCAGGGUUUUUUUAAAAAUUCGAAUUGUUGGUUAAAUCAUUUAAAUCUUGUUUUCUGCACUCAUUCCCCCAUCAUGGUCUUCCAUUUGUUUUAUGAUAAAUUCAUAUUUGGUGUUUUCAAUAUGAUCGCAGCAGUGUUUUUUUUAUCCACUGAUGGGGUUGUUACAUUCUCUUAUUUAGGGAUGUCAUAUCCAAAUUGAUAGAGUGAAGUGUAUGUUGUACUGCUUCCUAUAUGGUGGUACAUGUCCUUUCAUUCAGAUCUGUAACUUGACCUGUUUUUUUUUGUAGAAAGAAUCGGUACCAAGUGAUGUGGCAUGACCAUUGUACAAACUAGAUAGUCACAGUUCCUGUUUGGCUAGUCUUUGAUCUCAGUGUGGGGUUGGCGCUAUGAUUUCUCCUAUGUGAAGUGACAUGAGAUAGGAAAAACAAUGUAUGUAAAGUGUGCAGCACUUUUUGAGCAUUUACAGAUGCUGGUAACAUAAUGACAUUGGCUUAAUAGUGAGACCCUCUCCACCUUGCCUUUCUAUUGGAGACUGCUACUAAGUUUGGGUAGGCUCAGAGCAAGGGAAUUGGGAGAGAAUAUAAAUGUUUAAUGAGGAGUAAUUGUCCCACAUCUUGAUUUGUGCAAUAUAUACAGAUUUCUUUGCUGUUUUUUUCUUUUAUGUGUCUUAUUUUUAAAGUUCCAACUAUUUACAAAUAAUCUUCACUGCUUAUAUUACCCGAUCCUUUAUUUUCCUUGUUGCUUAAUGUCCCUUAAUGUAUAACAUUGCCAGUUCCUUAAUCACCGGAUAUAGUUCUGCUGCUGGUAUGGGAGGUGCACAGAUGUUACCUCUACUGAUGUUGAGGUAGAAUUUGCUCUUCAUCUUAUUGACAUUUACUUACUGUGAAAGUGAAUGGCAGUAAGAUAGGAGCAGAGGUCUCAAGUGAAGCUUGAGCAAAGUGGUUUAUUGGCUUUAUAUCAUGCUUUAACUGAAAACUGACCUGUAUGGGUUGGUGAGGAGGUGAGAGGACCCACAUUACAAUCCAAUCAAUUGAUCAAACCACUGAUUGAUUUAUCACAAAUUUGUACUUUGCCAAUUCAUUGUACAUUUUUUAGAGCCCACAACCUAUUUUUUAAUGUAAAACUGCUCUUAGAAUUGAAAUUAAAUUCUCUAAAUUUGGGUUUAUGUUACUUGGAAGUAUACGUUUUCCACUGGAAAAGAAGAGGAAAUUAUUAUUUUGCUGAGAUUGGAUGUGAACUGGGUUUAGAUAAGAAAUAUAUUGGUGUAUUUAGUUGAAUAAACCCACUGUUGGGAGGAAAGAGGUUAGAGAGUGAGAGAGUAUUGUAUCAGGUGAUGUAGAGUAAAUGAUGGCCAAUGAAUACAAUCUAAAUUUGACUAAAAGAAAAUGAGCUUUACUUCAGGACUGCUUUCAACUUUCAACUUCAUUUUACUUUGGGAUGUGGGAAUUCUGUCAAGAUGAAGAUUCAAGUUUAAUUAUCAAAUGUACACGGAAGCAUAUAGUGAAAUGUGUCUUUUUUUUUAACAACGAACAUACCUGAGGUUGUACUGGGGGCAGCUGCAAGUGUUGCCACACAAUUGGCCAUUCAUAAUUACCCUUGAAAAAGUCACAAUCUUGAAUUCGCCGUAGAGUAGCACAACAUGGAAACUAGCCUUUUGCCCCAUCUGGUUUAUUCUGACCACAGAAUUAUUUUUGAUAGUCCCAGUUGCCUUGGUUCCAUCCAUAACCCUCCAAGAUUCUCCCCUCUGUAUACUUACCCAAAUACCUUUUUAAUGUUGAAAUUGUACCUGCCUCAACCACUUCCUCUGGCAGCUCAUUCCAGGUGCUCACUACCCUCGGGAUAAAGAAUUUACCUCUCAGGCCUUAUUUUAAAUUUCUCCCCUCAUAACUGUGCCCUCUAGAUUUGGACCCCCAACCCUGGGGAAAAGUCUAUGACUGUCCACCUUUAUCCAUGCUCCUCAUAAUUUUAAAGAUUUCGAUGAGAUCACUCCACAUUCUCUGGCAAUAAAAAUUCAGUGUGGUCAACCUUAAGCCCUCUAGUCCAGGCAGUAAUGUUGUGAACCUUCUGCACUCUCUCUUAUCUUGACAAUAUCUUUCCCCUAACUGACGCCACUUCCCAUGCACAAAAGCAUACUGAUUUAUUCCUGUUAAGGGGCCUUCUGGGGAUAAUGAUGGUAGAUCUUCUCCCUCAGAGUUCCCUUCAGUAACUUUCCUACAGCUGAAUUCAGGCUCUUAAACAAGUAUCUCUACAAGAGUUUCUGAUUCCCCUCUCUCCCGCCCCCCCCCCCCCCCGGCCCUCAUAAGAUCUGGAGGUGACUUGUACAGGUCCUGCGGAUUUACCCACAUUAAUAAGCUUCCAAGGCUAAAAAUGCCUCCUCCUUCAUAAUAAACAUAUGAUCCAAGACGUUACUAUUAUUACUCUUAUUUGGCAACCAUUAUAUUUACCUCAGUAAAAAUCCCAGCCAUCUCCUGUAACAAUGAAGGGGUGCAGUAUAUUUCCAAAUCAGUAUGUGUGCAAUUUUGGAAGGAAACUGAAGGUGGUUCUCUAAUUCCAGUUCAGAAUUUAAUUUCCCCAAAGGUCAAUCAUUAGUCAGUAUAUUUGCACUAUUUACUCUCAGGAAACUCUUAAAGUAUGACUCAUUCUUUUGCUUGCUAUUGCAACCCUAGAUCUAAUGGCCCGGGGCUGGGAAACAUGGAUUCCAAUGGAAUGUAUCAGCUGUUUCCCAUCUUUAUGAACUAUACAAUGUGGGUUGACAAAACCCUAUUCAGUUUUUUUUUGUUUCAAACAUUGCAACAUGCCCCACAGACUAUAUUUGAAUGGAAUGAUAAAUAGUAACUUUAAGAUAUUCAAAGUUUUGCAAGUAGCCCUUAAUGAAUUAGUUGAUUGGGCUGACUUCUUCAGGCACAGUUGAUGGAUUUUUACCAAAGCAGCACUGAAUAAUUAUAUGUAUGUUGUACCCACAUGAUGAGGUUACAAUGGCUUAACAUUGAGGAGAAGGAUAGAACUGAAAAUUAUGUUCAAAUUACUCACUGCCCUGCCAGUACCUUUUUAUUAUAUAAGGUUUUGUGUUUCAAAUGGGCUGUACCCCAUUAUUGUGAUUAUCCAUAGAUCUGUUCCUGAGGCAGACAAGGCUUAGUGCCAAAAUGUGAUUAGUCAACCUCCUGAGUCUAUUAGAGUUGAUAACUUAGUAUUUUUAAAAAAUGGCAUCACCUAGAUCAGUAAUUAUUGGGGAGUACUUUAAUGUGCUUGUACAAUGUUUUCUUCCCCAUUAAACACACUUUCUUCUAUGACCAAUAUUACUGUUUGAGUUUAUAUAGUGUAGACCAUAGAAGAUGGAAAUUUCACGAAAAUAAGUUAGAAGAUUGCUCCACUUUCUCAAGUCUAAUCAGGAUUGGUUAAUUUCUAGCUUCUACUUAAAUACAUUCAAUUAAAUAGAUGUUCCAAAAUCCCUUAACUAAUAUCCCAAAUUAAGUGAAAAAUCAGAGGGUUUGGAAAGGGUGGGAGUGAAGGAGGGGAACUGACUUGAACAUUUCUUUUCCUUUAAUAAGCUAGCACCAGUUAGUAAAUUAGUGCACUGGUAAAGGCUGCAGCUCAUCUCUUUUGCAGUAUUCACUUGCCUUGUUCUAAACAGGCUUAUUCUAUUCAAAUCAGAAUUUCUGGUUGAAUUCUAAUAGCAAGAGUAAGUAUGUAAGCAGAUCCCACCAACAUAAAUCAUGUGAGUUGUACUACUUACAAACUUUGUUUGCUCACUAUGGCUUGAGAUUUUGGACAAUGCAGCAACAAGGAAUCCAAUCUUGCUACUUGCAGAGGCUAAAUUAGCAUACUGACCUGAUUUUACUAAUUUAGGAAGUCAUCAUAGCUUCUAAAUUUUCCUGAGUUAAAACCAACUGAUCAAGUGUGCAGCCCAAGGCUGGUUGUUUAACUGGGAGACAUAAGAAAUAGAUGCUAGAAUCUGGAGCUAAAAAUAAAUACUGGAGGGAUUCAGCAAACCAAGCGUACAUAAUCUGUGGAAGGAAAGGGAUGGUCAGGACUGAUGCAGGGUCUCAGCUACUUCUCUGCUCCACAUAUGUUGCUUGGUUCUCUGAGCUCACAUGAGCUAACUUCCAUUGAGGAAGUUAGAUACUUCCUCCAUGCAGUUUAAUUUUACUGAUUAUCUGAGGUCACAUAAGCACAUUUUCCCCCAAAUUAUUUCUUUGAACAGAAAUCUAGGCAAGCAAGUUAGAUACUUAAGUUACAUCAUUUUCCAGGGUUACAUUGAUAUCCCAUACUGAUUUUACCAGGCCCAUCUAUUGGAACAGUACAAUAUUGGUAUUAUUUGAUUGGAUGAUAAUUGGGUGCAGAGUUUAAUUGUUUUGACCCGUGAAUCUAGAGCCCUUUAGAGAUGUACCACCCAGCUGUACAAAAGAUUGACAGCAUUUUGAAAAUGCCUGGUUCCAUCUUUCUCCAGUGAUCUAGUUUAAAUCCCUGAAUAGGAUCUGUGCUACUAAUUAGGCAAUACUGCAGGUAACUUGUUGUAGUAUUUUGGAGGAGCCUGUCAAUGAUUUUGCACAGUUGUAGGGAGCUGAUUCUAUUAACCCUUUUGUGUUUACUUCUAUAUUUUUGUUCAAGAUCAGUGCUGAAUAAAGGAUUCUAGACAGAUACCUGAUCUAAGUUCUUCUGAAAGCCAUAAAUUGCUUUGUAACAAUUCUAUUACUUAUCUUCAAAACUUGCUUCUAUUUGAGGCAAUGUUCUCAUCACAGACCAAGCAAAGGUUAAAAGUGGAAUUAAGGUAGAGGUUGGACUCUUGGGUAGAGUUGCCUUCCAUUAUUGCUGAAGAGCUAGUUUGUCAGGAAGAAAACCACUAAGCAACAAAUGCCAUUGUAACUUCCAGGAGAGCUCAAUUUCUUCUGAGAUUUAGGAUCCUGUGCUUCCAAAUAUUCAUUCUUCUUCCUUGACCAAAUUGGUUAGAAGUAUUAUUGUUGCCCAUACUGAAUGAUGGAAAUCCAGUCUGAUGUUUGCAGUUACAUUGCAGAGUAUUCUACUCUUAGAUGGGUAACAUUAAUAAUUUCAUAAAGGCAAGGGUGGAUCAAAGUUUCACUACUGUUUGUCAUUGAUGUAAAGAAACAUGGUUCCUCAAGGUUUCUAAUCUAUGCAGCUGUUACAGAUCUGUAGAUAUUAAUAUUCUACAUAUUAAAAUUGUGUUAUUCAGCAGUUUCUCAGCAUUUAUAAUCUUGUAUGUUAUAAUGAAAACUUCCUGUCUCCAAAUGGUACAAUGGUGAACACAUUAAUUUUACCUGUUGAAUCUUAUGCUCCACUUCAGUUACGAAGCAUUGUCACAUAGGUUCCAUUCAGUAGCUCCUGCUUUUUUCAGCACCUUUACAUCCCAGUGUUUUGGACUUGCCUCCUACUAAAUUGGCUUCAUUGUUUUUUCUUGCUACCUGCUUUGUAAGAUUACACUUAGCGGAAUAAUUCACUUGCAGCAGAUCAGCAUUGUCUCACAACUUUAAUGUCAUUUCUAUUUUCAGUUCAUCGUUUCUUGAGUUACAUCACUGAAAGUGGUGUCUGAAUUUUCAUUCAACUGGGCUGCUUUCAGUGUUAAACUAUAGAGUUAGUGAGGAUGAGUUUUAUUUCUUUAAGAAUCCUAUUAUGCAGUUAUGUUGGUCUAGAGGUUAUUUAUACACAGUCUACUUUUUGUGCAAAAGAAAGUUAGAUUCAGUCUAAUUUCAUAAUUUCACAUGGAAUAUCGUAUCAUUUCUUGAAUGCAGUUUUUGCAUCUUUAUCUGGAAGUAAAUUACUGGUGUCUGUCUCUGAAUCCUGUUCUGAUGCUUUAUUCUGAACUCUCAUCUUUGAAUUUGGAGGCUCUUGACAGAGCCUUCACACAGUCUCUGUAGCUGAUAGUUGAUGGAAGAAUUAGGACUAUGAGCUAAUAUUGAAUAUUUAACUGUAGUGUGCUUUACAUAAUCAAAUGGCUGCCCCCAUACACUUGAAGAUGAGGCAAUUAUUUGAAAUGGCUGCCUGCAGAAGAGAUGCCACAGACAGCUACUGAAGAGCCAAUAUGAAGUUAGCUACAAUCAAGGAUUAACCUGCACUCGUUCUGUUCUCUAAAAGAUGUUAUCCAUUCUCUUAAGGUUGGAUGAUGGAGCUGUUAUUCCAAGCACCUUUUAUUAAUGCAAGUAAAGACUUCAAUUUGCAUGGCACCCCAUAUUGCACAGGCAAUGUCCAUUGCAAAGUACAGGGAUGUCAUUUUGCUGCUGACUUUUAAUCACGCCACAUAAUUAGCAAUGAAGUGAAUGGCCUGUACUCUUUUAACCUUGCACUUGAUUCAAGAAGAUAGAGUUUGCUGUGGCUCUAUUAUUUUGAGUGCAGGGCCAAAUAGAAGUAAACAUGGUGCUGGUGUUACUCUAUGAUGUCUAAAUGUAGUACUGAUUCAAGCAGUAGAAAGGUUCAAAAGUUCCAAGUGUGACUUGGCAGCAGGAAUCCAAAGUUGGGAGUUUGCUUAACUCUUCAGAGCCAGCAAAAUCGACACUACUACACCAGUGUUGCAAGGUCCAGCAUGCCAUCUUUCAAAUUGGAUGUUGGAUUGAGGCCUGUCAACUUUCUCAGGCAGACAUUAAAGAUCCAGUGCAUUAUUUUAAAGAAUAGCAGUAACCCUCAAUAAACUGAAAUACAUCAUGCCUUUAUUUGUUGGUACUUGAUGUAUGGCAGCUGUUCGACCUGUAAUACUGAAUACGCCUCAAAAGUGCUUCAUUAGAUGCUCCAAAGCACCUUAAAUCAUGUAAGUUAUUAUCCUUGCCUCCUGUGGUUGGAAGGGAAAAUAAGGUGUAAAUUGCUUGUCAGUAAUAGGGAGGAGCGGCCAAUGACCAUUUAAAUGAAAGAGGGCAUCUGUAUUGGGGUUGGGUAGAGAGAUUAUCUGCUUCUAGAUAUGACUGGAAUGGCCAUCAAAGGGUAUGUUUAAAUAAAUCUACGACCAUCAAAAGUGUUUGAUAUUUCAUUUUAAUUGAGUUUGCUAGUGCCUGUCAACUCUGUGAAUUAACAGUAAGAAACAAAAUUAGCAUAUUCUACUGGGUAAUAAGUGACAGACUUAAAUCAAGUGAAAAUUGAUUGAAAUAGGUCUCUCCCUUCUAGAAUGCUUUUUGGACAUUUCGAAUCCUGCAAAGUACUGUAUUUCAUUUGCAGCCUUAAGAUGACUGAUACUUAGUAACUGUAUUUGUAGAACAGUCCUUGAUACCAGUUCCAGUGAUCAGGAGGAAAUAUAGAAUCCAAGGUAUGCCAUCACAUUGAAUUGAUCCAUUAAUUACCCUCACUCAUCACAUGUCACUGAUCUUUCCCUUUGGAGUUCUAGAAUUUUCCUUUUAUCUGUCUUCAUUCUAAUUAGGGCUCAUCAUCAUAUCCAAAUUAGAAAAUGUAGAAAUUAGAUCAUUCAACCUGUUGAGCCUGGUCCACCAUUCAAGAUAGUCAUGACUGAUCCUCCAGACUCGCAAUCCUGUUCCUGCUUUCACCCCACAUCAUGUGAUCGAAUGGUUUGGCUUCAAAAACUUCCCUUGCAAAUCUAUUUUAAUCUGUGUACCUCAAUUUCCAGUUCUCCAUUGACAAAGACUAACUUGAUACAUUAUCUCUGUAUCAAAUCCAUCUUAAGUAACAUACGGGAUACUUUAGAGCAGGGAUUUCCAACCUGGGGUCCAUAGACCUCUUGCUUAAUGGUGGGGGUCCAUGGCAUAAAAAGAAAUUGGGAACCCCUGCUUUAGAGAAUUGAUAUGGUCAGGAUACCUCCACAAUUGACUUUUUGUCUCCCCCUUGAAGAGUCCAAGCCCUGCUGUUGAAACCAGUGUCUGGUAGGAAGCCCAUUUGUUGAGUUGUUCUGACUCUGGAGCGGGUUAAUGUAAAGUAUUUGGUGUUCAUAUUGAUUGUUGCAAUGGCCCAAUACUAAACAGCAAAAAAACUGUACUAUUUGUGCUUCUAGUCAGGUUCACUCGCCUUCCCUUUGCUUCUGGUAUCUUUGUAAUGAAAUUUGCUGUGGAACAGGAGCUGACAAUGGUUUUUGUGUGAAGCAUGGCAUUCAAAAGCUCAAGUCAAGCCGCCUGCUGCAGGAUAUCCCUGAUCUUUUCCCAGGGCAAAUGAUUAUCACUCCUUCAACAUACCUUUAAAGAAUCAAUGUUCUACUGUAUUGCUGCUUUCUUUGUGCAAAAUGACUACCAUCUCUUCAACACCACAAUAUUGUCGAUUUCAAAAAUUAUUAAUUUGCCCUUAAAGCACCUGAAAUAAACUCUGGCUGUUAAAGUUGCGAUAGAAGUGCAAGUCUUUUAAUUGGGAGAGAGCAUCUUGAAUUGUGACGGUGGCCUAAAUACUGUUGUCUAUCCUGAGUAGUGAGAAUUUCACAAGGUGCAUGUUGCACCAACAUUAACACAAGUAGGAUUUGGUAACUUCCUUUGCCAAACCUAGUGACAGCAUUGAAUUAAAUAUAUUCUUUCUGCAUUAUGUUACUCCAUAACCAUUUAAUAUUCAGCCUGGUUUAAUUUGCCUAUUUAUUUUAUCAUUUUAGAUUAUAAAUCAUUAUUAUUUUAUAAAUAUUGAGCGUUUUAAGCAUAUCUUAAAGGCCAUUGACAAGAUGUUCACUGACUCCAAUAUUUUUUGUGUUCCUAUUGUAUUAGGUUUGUGAAAAUCCACUUUGUCACAUCACUGUGUAAGGUGUGGCUAUUCAAAUCAAAAGGAAGAGAAUAAAAGGAUGAUUUGUAUCGUUUCUUAAAUCUCAAUAAAAAUCAAUAACUGCAUAUCCUUGAAUGUUCAGU